AUGCGAUACUAUUUGCCAACAUUGGAUAAGAAACUUGGAAAAUUAUUUGCAUGGUAUACAAGUAAUUAUCUUAUUGAUUAUUAUCCGAUAUUUAUUGCAUUACCAAUUUUACUUACGGGUAUUCUCGGGAUUGGAUUCAUUUGGAUUAAUGAACUUACUUUACUUGAUACACGAAAAUUAUAUACGCCAACAUCAGCGCCAGCUUGGAAGGAAGAAAGAAUUAUGCGAGAAUUAUGGCCAAUACGUAUGAAUGAAUUUAUACCUGAAAGAACAUUUGAAUGGAAUCGUUAUUUGUAUGUUGUUAUACAUGGGCGCAAAUAUCCUAAUGGUACAUUUCCAAAUAUUUUAAAUGAUUCAUAUUUGAAUGAAAUUGAAUUAUUGGAAAAAAGUAUUGCGGAAAAUGUUACAUUUACAAUGAAAGAUGAAUGGCAUAUCAAUGGUACAAAAAAUUUUGGUAAAAAAAUUUAUUUUCAGGAUUUAUGUUUGAAUUGGUAUGGAGAAUGUUAUCGUCAAAAUAAUUUAAUUAAAUUACUUCAAAAUCGUUAUCAAUUAGCAAAGCAUGGUAUUAGUAUUACUUAUCCUCGUGCUAAUACUAAUGGAACACCAAUAUAUUUAGCAUAUAAUAUUGGUGGUGUAGAGGUUGAUGAAAAUGAUACAAUUAAGUCAGUGAAAGGUAUGCGAUUAUGGUACUUUUUGCGCUUUGAUGAACCACAAAUUGAUGAAAUGGCUAUCGCAUGGGAAGAUGCUGCGGCUAAAUUUAUCACUGCGAAAUUCGCAAAUAAUUCGCUAACUGAGGUUCACAUUCAGCAUUCACGAACAAUUGAUCAAGGCUUAACACGUAAUGCAAAUCGAUUGAAGCCCUAUUUGAUUGUCACAAUUGUUGUCCUGAUCAUUUUUAGUACCCUCAAUUCAAUGGAAUGGAAAUUUUGCAAUGGUCAAAGUAUGAAUUCCGUUCGAAUUGAUUGGCUUCGAUCAAAGCCAUUACUAGCACUUUCCGGUGUACUAUCAUCAACAUUAGCAAUUAUAAGCGGUAUUGGUUUACUAUUAUGGUUUGGAAUGUAUUUUGCUGAAAUAACACUUAUAGCACCAUUUUUAGUUCUUUCUAUUGGAGUAGAUGAUAUGUUCAUUAUGGUAGGAGCAUGGCAUGAUGCUGAAAAAAUUUAUCCUGGAAUUGAUUAUGGUAGCCUAAAAGCUCGUAUGGUAAAUACAUUAUCCGAAUCAGCAGUUGCAAUAUUUAUCACCAGUUUUACGGAUGUUUUAUCAUUUGCUAUCGGUUAUUUUACGGAUAUUAUAGCUGUACGUGGAUUUUGUGCAAUGACAUCUGCAUGCAUGUUUUUCACAUUUCUUUAUCAGGUUACUUUCUUUGCUGCGCUAAUGGUAAUUAGUGAUAAAAUGCAAAUGUUUGGACGGAAUGCGUGUAUUCCAUGUUUGGCAAUAAUUGAUCAUAAUAGGAUCGAUGAUCAGAUGAAUAAAUUUGAAAGGAAAGUUUGGAAUUUUGCUAAAAAUACAAAUAACAAUGAAAAUAAUAGCAAUGAAUAUAAGCCAAAAAAAUUAAAAAAUGGAAAAUGUUAUGAUAAGGAUACAUAUACAAAUGAUAGUGAUAAAUCAUGUAAUAAUGAUAAUGAUUAUAUGAAAAUGAUAUUAUCGAAUAAGAUGAAAGUAUCAAAAAAUUCAACAUCUAAAGUUACGAAUCGAAAGAAAUUAUUUUUUCGGAAUACAUAUGUACCUAUUUUAUUGGAUAAACGAAUUAAAUGUAUCAUUCUUCUCCUAUUUAUCAUUUAUCUUAUCCUAGCAAUACAUGGUAUUAUGGGCAUGGAACAAGGUUUAGAUUAUGAUAAAUUAUUGAUUAAAACGGAUCCGGUAGUACAAACAAUAGCUGUUGAGCUUGAAUUAUUUCACGGUGGUGAUCAGAUUAAUAUAGCAAUCGUCAAAGCGCCUGAUAUGACAAAACCAAUGAAUCGUAAACGUGUGGAGCAAAUGGUUCAGGAUUUUGAGCAUAUGAUUUUUGGGAUUGGUCCUAAAGCAACACAAGUUUGGACUCGGGAAUAUCAGAAAUAUGCAAAUAUCACGGGUGCAUACCUACAAAAUGAUCAUGAAUCCUGGGUUGAAGGUGUUUAUCGAUGGUCACAACUUUUUGCAUUCUAUAAAUUAUGGGCACAAGAUUUUGUAUGGGAAAAUGAGAAUGAUCCGGAAAAUUUAACAAUGAAAUCAUUUCGAUUUCGUAUCGGCUUAUCAGCACUCAAUAGUCCAAGUGAUUUGGUAACGGAAUCACGUGCUCUUCGUGCAAUUGCUGCAAAAUAUCCGGAUAUGGAAAUUUACACGUAUGAAUAUAGCCGAAUGAUUGCUGAUCAGUUAAAUAUUAUUUUACCAAAUACAUUAUUCAAUGAUUGUAUUGCGGUUGCUGUAUUAGUUAUCAUUGCGCUAUUAUUCAUUCCUAAUCCAAUAUGCACAUUUUGGAUUUUUAUCGCUAUCAUAACAAUGGAUAUUGGUGUAAUUGGUUUCUUAGCAUUAUGGAAUGUUAAGUUAGAUCCUAUAUCAAUGAUAACUAUGAUAAUGGCAAUUGGCUUUUCUAUUGAAUAUUGUGCUCAUAUUACAUAUGCUUUUGUAAGUAAUCCAAAUAAUGUGACACCGAUUGAACGUUGUAUUGAAGCAAUGGAAAAAUUAGCAUGUCCAAUUAUAUAUGGUAGCAUGUCAACGAUAUUUGGUGUUACAAUUUUAGCAUUUAUUAAUUCCUAUAUGAUACUUGUAUUUUUUAAAACAAUCUUUCUCGUAAUUAUUAUCGGUGUCUUUCAUGCUCUUCUUUUAUUACCAAUUAUUUUAUGCAUAACUGCACCAAUAAUUGAUCAAAUUAGUCAAAAAUUUUGUGGUUCAGUUGAAAAUUCAGAAUAA